CACAGCUAAAGAUAUGAUGUGGCACCAGCGUGGACGUUCAAAUGAUGAGGAUUUAAUGCGUUAUCCAGUCGAUGGUAAUGAAUGGAAGGAGGUAGAUGAAAAGUAUCCUGAGUUUUCACGUGAACCGAGAAAUGUUCGCUUGGGGUUGGCCGAUGAUGGUUUCAAUCCUUUCGGGACCAUAGGAGGGAGAUUGCUGCCGGCGGUCAAAUCAUACCAUUGGAUGAAAUUCAAUCGAAAGAGUUUCCAAAAUGGUUUAAGAAUAAGAUUUUCAAUAUUCGAAAGCAGAAUGGCCCAGAAGCAAAUGAUCAAAUACUUUCGCUUUCAAGUGGUUCAAACUUCUCAUGUCGAAGUUAUCCUGGUUGUGUGGUGAACGGUGUUAAGUUUCUGACACGCAAUCGGGAUAUGAAUCGAAGUACUCAAAAUAAUGGUGUUUGUGUUCGCGGACCUAAUAACCAAAUGUUUUAUGGAGU